CAUCUGGAGACCUGGAAAAAAGGAAGUUUUUACGAUACGAAACUAUAAGCAGGCACUAAAAAUUUGUCCAGUGUGAUUUGUAAUUCAAGAUGACUGCCUGCAGAAGUUUGUUAUCAUUGAUAUUUUUUCACAGCUACCUUAUUUAUGCUCAAAAUUCAUUCCAGGACAUACUUUUUCCUCCUACCUUUGUAAACAGUCCGGACUUGACUAGCCCGCCUGGACAUUUGAAGCCAUUGGGAAACCAAAGGCCACCUGAUGGUCCAGUCAUAGAAUACGACCAUAUUUUAUCGACUCAAGAAUAUUGGGACAAACAUGUGAAAUCCAGAACACCCUGUGUAUUUCGGCAAGCCAUAAAGAAGUCACCAGCUCUUUCCAAAUGGACAGAUGAGUACUUGAACGAGAAAUAUGGGGACCUCGAUGUUUUGGUUGAAUUGAAGAGAGAAAAUCGUACUUUUUCCACUGGUAGACUAAGAUUUAGUGAGUUUCUUAGCAGAUACAAGAAGGAUGAUUUAUAUGUUGUCACAAUGUUGCCAAAGGCAAUGAUGCAUGAAGUGCAGGCAGUUAACUCUGUGCUGUGUGGCACUUUCAAGAAUUUCACUCACGAGUCAAACUUUUGGAUGAGCAGUGGAGGAACAAGAUCAGUAAUUCAUUAUGAUGCCGACCAUAACUUGCACUGUAUGAUUGCAGGAAGGAAAGAUUUGAUUAUGGUAAAGAAUACAGAACAGAACAGAAAAUGGUUAUACAUGAGUGCAAAGCCUGUAACAGCUGGAUCUGGAUUUUCACCUUUGAAUCCUGACAUCAUUGAUAUGAAUAAGUAUCCAAAUUAUGCGAAAGUACCUUGGUUAUAUACAACUAUCUUACCAGGAGACUGUGUUUAUAUACCUGCAAUCUACAUCCACCAAGUUAGAGCAUAUGGAAGAUCUGUCUCAUUGACUACCCUUUUUACUGAAGAAAUCAUUGGUAAACAGUUGCAUUUCACAAGUGAAGGGUGUUCCCAGGAGCUGUUGGAUGAAUACCGUACAAUGGCGGAUAUUGAUUUUCAUUGGACAUAUGAGAAAGGAGAUGAGACCAUUGAUAUGGGCUACAUGAAUGUAGAGAGGCUUCGGCACAUCUUUGCUUCUCAUAUCAAUGAGUCAAGGGUGGCCAAAUGGGCUUUCAAGCAUUUUAGGGAAUUUUAUCUGGAAUUUUCCCAUGGAGAGGCACAAAAUAAGCCAGAAGAAGUUUGGAAAGAUAUAUUAGGCCUUAAAAUGAAAGAAAAAAUUGAUAUUGAAACUGUUAAGACUUUCUCAAGAGAAACACUAAAAUUGCUAGCAAGGUCAUUUGAUCCACCACAUGGCCCCAAAACAGAUGGGCUGCAAGAGAUUACUGUAUUGCCUGGUGAUAACAAAAAUGACCAAGAUCUUGGUGCAGAAGCUAAAAAUGACUUAGAAGGGGAAGAAGAAGAACAAGAUAAUGAAGAGGAUAACAAAAAUGACCAAGAUCUUGGUGCAGAAGCUAAAAAUGACUUAAAAGGGGAAGAAGAAGAGCAAGAUAAUGAAGAGGAUGAAGGUGGUGAGGGUGGUGAGGGUGGUGAGGGUGAUGAUGAAGAAAAUGAAGAAAAUGAAGAUGAUAACGAUGAAACAGAAAAGGCAUUACCUCCUGAUGAAGUUUAUGAUGAUGAAAGGCAGACAAAUGAACCAAAAGAGCCAUCAGACAAAAACAAGCAAAAUAAAGUAACAUCUUCUGCAACACAUGAAGAACUUUGAUAAAUGUCCUAAUUUUCAUGCAAAAAUAAUAGCCUCAACAUGAACAAAGAAAAAUUUUAACUUUUUUAUUUGGCAUUUCAAAAUUAAAGGACAUAAUUUUUAGAGCGACUAAGUGCAUGAUAAAUUUGAUAUGCUAAGUAGUCAAAAGCGAAGCAGCAUCUUUCAUUAAAAACAACUUUUUCUAGCUCAGUUUCUAAAUUUUUAAGCUUCAACUUUUGAUCUCUGUUGGUCACGUGUUCUUAUGUAAGAAAAAACUUUUGAAAUGGGUCACUUUUUGCCUUUUCUUAAAUCAGCCCCUUAAUUAAGUAGUUUUCUAAAACCUUCCAACUAUUUUGUAUUUGUAACCGUAUUUUUAUAUGACUUGAUUUUGUAGGGCAAAACAAUACAUGCACAGCAUAUAUUUUGUCAGACUUUACUAUAUAAAAAGAAGUUGUGACUUUAUUUAUUAAGCAUUGAGAACAGCAUUAUUUGCUUGCUGUCAAGUGGAGUCUCGUGAUGUUGAUUGCAACAGCUUCAUUAGUUUUGUGUUGUCAAUUUUUCCUUUUUCAUCCACCAGCGUUGUUAAAAUACCAUUCAGUUCUGGCCUU